AUGUGGACCCAGCGCUCCCCUCUGGGCAGCGUGACCUGCCUAGACGAGGGCACUGAAGUAACCAAGGAGAAGUGGAUUGCCCGCUUUCAGCACAGUCGCCAGCAGGGAGUGCAGGCCCUCGUCGAAUCCGUUCCCCGCAUCGUCGAAAUUUGUCCUUGGAAGACCAAGGUACUAAUGAUGGUGACGAAUUUGGUUCUCCAAAGAGGCAGACGCAGAGUAAUAAGGCGGUCGUUGAUGUCCCACAAUGUUGUCUCGGAGGGCAAAGGAGACGCCAGCGUCACCUCACUCUGUCUUUGGGCCGCCACAGUAGAGGAAGGUGUAGCUGGCACCCACCUACUCCAGUUGACUUUGCCCAAAUAG